CUCCAAGCAACAUAGCGGCCAGACACCAAACUAAAUACUCAUUGCUUGUAAAGGGCAGGAACUCUGUAUGAUUUAUUUAAUCCUACAAGGUGUUAACUCAGUAGAACUGAUAAGACAAUGGUUAUCUAGUUUAGCGUGGUAUUAAUAGUUCUCUAGUUCAGUAUGAUUGAUUUAACCUUACAACAAAUAAUGGUUCCCUAGUGAUAUAAUGAUUGGUUUAUACUCAGUAUACCGAAACGAUGCAAUUGUAAUAAAGCAUAUAAACUGGGACAAAUUCAGCCAGAAACAGACUUGGAGAAGACAGAGGACUGGAGGCUGGAGCUCAAGCUCUGGGAUUCAGACAGACUUUAAGAUAGAGACCAUCGUGGUGGCUCUCCUGCAUUCCUCCACUGAAAAUGAGACCCAUUCCAGAAGGCCUCCAGAAAGCUAGCCCAGUCCCAGGCUAAGAGACAGACUGUAAAGGAGACAAUGAAGACUUUUGGACUUUAUCACUUUAUUCUGCUGAAAUGAAGGCUGGUCCUGAGACCUCCAGAAAGCCAACCAGAACAUUACAAGUGCUGAAACCUCCUCCCUGCUCCUGAUCCGGACUAGGGCAGUGCAGCCAUUCAGAAGGCAGAAGAGGAUCAGGCUUUUUAGGCACAGUCACUGUAGAAAUUUAGACCGCUCGUUCCAGGUUUCUGUCAUUAUCCUUUUUUUUUUUUUUUCAGUAAGGAUUGAGAAAGGAGGGAAAGAAAGCAGACUUUUGCUGUUUUAAAAAAAUAAAAUUGAUGUUUAUGUCCAAAUGUCUGUGACUUCAUUUGGGUUUUCUUGGCAAACUCACUAGAAUGAUUGGCCACUUCCCUCUCCAGUUCAUUUUACAGAUGGGGAAAUGGAGGCAAACAGGAUUAAGGGACUUGCCCAGAGUCACACAACUUUUAAGUAUCUGAGGCCAGAUUUGAAUUCAGGAAGAGAAGCCUUCCUCACAUCAGGCCAGGUACUCUAUCCACUACACCACCUUGUUGCCCUAAAAAUAAACAUACACAUUUUUAAAAGACAGAUAGAUCAUUUUUUUUUAAAUGACUGCUCCAGAAAAAAAAAAGUCUACACCCCUUCAGGGAAAAGAAAUUUGAUAAAAGCAUUUCUGGCAAAAAGGUCAGACUGAAGGCGAAACUGUGAAGUGCAAAGGCAGGAAUCAAAAGAAAUGUAGAAAAUUCUGGCAAAAAAAAGAGCCAUCAGGAAAGAAUGAACCAGAAUAAAAUGGUUACAGUUGGAUCAGGAAAGAAGAAAUAGCCCUAAGAUUUAAAAGGGCCAUAUAAACCAGAAGGAGAGCCUGGAAAUGGUUUUGUUCUGUUUGAUGGUCUUAAAAGAAAAGAAAAGAAAAAGAAAAAGGGAACAUGGAAUAAAUAUUCUGUAUUUUGUAUACAAAUCCUGUAUACAGGAUUAUACAAAUGUAUAAAAAUCCUGUAAAAUCAAGAUCCAAAAGAAGAACCAAAACAGUGAAGAGAAAGGUGGGUAGGGCAGAUCUUACUUGGAUCUCAUCUUUAUCACUAUUCAGAUUUCAUUUUCAAUGUUUAGAAAUUAAUCAUUCUCCUUUGAUCAAAGGGCCAUCAAACUGUGCAUAUCCUUUGACCCAGCAGUGUUUCUGCUGGGCUUAUAUCCCAAAGAGAUCUUAAAGAAGGGAAAGGGACCUGUAUGUGCCAAAACGUUUGUGGCAGGUCUCUUUGUAGUGGCCAGAAACUGGAAACUGAGGGGAUGCCCAUCAAUGGGAGAAUGGCUGAAUAAGUGCUUGUAUAUGUUAUGGAAUAUUAUUGUUCUGGUCUCCCUAUGCUGGUCUCCGGGCCUUAGUUGAUUUCUGGGGGUGGGCUGCUCCCAAGUCUUUGCCCUUUGUGCAUUUUCUUUCUUUUUUUUUGCUGAGGAAAUUGGGGUUAAGUGAUUUGCCUAGGGCACACAGCUAGGAAGUGUUAAGUGUCUGAGAGCAGACUUGAACUCCUGACUUCAGGGCUGGUUCUCUAUCCACUGGACCACCCAGCUGCCCCUUCUCUUGUGCAUUUUCUUUAGGUGAAAUCCAGGCUGUCCCACCUCUGCGUGUUGCUACUUUGAGCACUUGUAUGGGAACUGGGAACCCUUUUCACAUGUAGGGAAAGCAGACAAAUUCUACCUGAUCUGGAGUGGGAGGUUUCCCCAGAGUAACUCCAGAUGGGGUGAGUGGCCUUCUGAGGGAACUGGGGGAACCCCCGGGGGAACCCCCCCUCCCUCACCCUCGUGAGUCCAGAGUCUGUGGUUCCUUUACAGAACUGGCUGCCGGGAUGAAUGCUGCUGCUUUGGAUGCCAUUAGGGGAAUCCACAUUGCCCGUUACUUCCUAAUGCGCAGAGACUGAAGCCUUGAUGAGGUCACUGACGUCGGCGCCCCGCAAGAGCCCACAGCAGAAUUCCACAGCAAUGCCCGCCCUGACCGGCCGAUCAGGAAGCCUUUCCCCACUCCCCGUGGGCCCAGGGCCUCCCCUCCUUUACCGCAGCCAGGCUCUGAAAUCUGGUCCACAGGGAGUCGAGACAUCCCCCCACUCCCCAUGUCAGGGGUCCUCCUGCAGAAGGAUGAACGGCGCGACCCCCCCCACCCCAGCGGCCAUGUUUGCAUACUGUCUCUCCCUCGGACUGCAAGUUCCUGGGGGCGGCCCUUGCUUUUGCCUGGCUUUGCACUCUCAGGGCUCGGCACAGGGCUGGGCACAAGGUAACCUGGGCUUAAGCAGGGCGAAUGAGCGCUUAAUGACUGAUUGGCUCAUUGCUGCCUUCUUUGACUCGGACUUGGCUCCGUUCAUCAUUUGGGCUCCCCUCUAAGGGUCACGACCUCUCCGGCCCCAUCGGUAGAAAGCAGAGGCCUCCUAUUGCCUUUGGAUCGAUGUGGCUGCAACCCAGGGUUGCGCUGGCACGGGUAGGCCUCUCCUGGCGGUGGGCUCUUUGCCAGCCCCUGCGGGGCACUCUCUGCCCACUCCCCCACAGUGGGGGCCCCCCACCCCCGCAGGCAGGGAGCCCGUCCAGUGGCCAUCCCGGCCCGCCGCCAAAGGUCAGCGCCGAGUGGGCCGCAGAUGCACGGGAAGCGCAUUUACUCCGGUCCAACAAACACUUUGUUAAAAAUCCCGAGCGAACAGGACAGGCCCUUUGGGGUUCGAGGGGAGAUGGCGGUUUUCAGGCCCCAUUUGCUGCUGAACGUCCCUCCCCACCCCCUCCUCUUCCCCUCCUCCCCCAAAAGCCUUCCCAGGUUUAAAACAGCAGAGCAAUGCUGCGGAGGGACGGGGAGGGGAAGGGGGGCAAUGCCACUCCGACUUGCGCCUCCCAGCCCGCCCACAACGGGGCACGCUACUACUCGGCCUUCUCCAGCUCCGGGAGGCACGGCAGGUACCAACACUACAUUUCCCGGCAUGCCCACGAGCAUCCCCUGGCUUAAAUCCAUUCCGACCGGCUCGUGCUACCCUAUGGGAAGAGUAGUUCAAGCCAAGAGCGGCGCGCAAGCGCAGAGCGGCGUGGGCCAGUGUUGCUGUUCCGUGGCAGGCGAGCGAGAGGGCAGCGCGGCGGGUGAGUGACGACCGGAGGGACAGCACAGGACUGGAAGGAGAACAGGUCAGGGACCUGUGCUCACCUCUCAUCACACGACAUCGGUUGAAAGGACGAGACUCGCUGCAGAUCGUUGGAUCCGUCUGGUGAUCGCUCCAGGGACAGCUCCUCUGCUGGGGAUGAUGAUGGAGGACCGAGCUCUGCCCCCCCCAGACGGGGCUUUCUGCCAGAAGAGCGAGAGGGACACCCCAGAAGAGGACCGGCCGUCCCCCCCGGCAGCCCCUCUCCAGGCCUCCCCUGGGCUCCCUGGGACGAGCGAUCCAUGGCUGCCCUGCCCGAGCACGGCCGCGCCCCAGGAGCCGGUGUCCUUCAGGGAUGUGUCCGUGGACUUCACCCAGGAGGAGUGGGCGCAGCUGGAUCCCACCCAGAAGGCCCUGUACCGGGACGUGAUGCUGGAGAACUACGAGAACCUGGUCUUCCUGGGGCUCCCCGUGACCAAGCCUGAGGUCAUCUGCCAGCUGGAAAAGGGCGAAGUCCCUCCAUUUGUGGAGCCCCCAGAAUCCUCCUUGAGCCUGUGCACAGAUUCCCUUAAUCAGGAGAUUAAAUGUGAAACCUUGGACUCAAUUCCACAGCACAUCAUUUGUAUGGAAACAUCUGAUGAGAAACUCACAAAAGAUGGUUUUUGGGAUUCUAAGAUGGGAGAAGAUUGGGAAUAUGACAUCAUGUUAGAAAGGCAGAAAGCCAACCAAGAGAAUCAAUAUAGUCAACUAGAAACUGUUAAUGUGAAAAAUUUUGAUGAGAUGAGCAUCCACGGAGGUAGUACUUUUGGGAGAGAUUUUGAUCUGGGGUCACUCUUUGUUCCACAACAGAGAACUCCUUCGGGACAAAAUCUUUUUAAAUUUGAUCCACUUGGAAGCAGUUUUGAUCAGUUUUCAGACCUGAUUUUAUUUAAUGGAAUGUCCUUAGAUAAUAAACAUUGUAAGUACAAUAAAUGGAAGAAGCCCUUCGAUUACCCCCCAGAUCUUUUUCCAUUCCCUACUGUAAAUCCUGGAAACAAACCCUUUGACUAUAAUGAGUAUGGGAAAACCUUCAGCCCAGGGACAUCCCUUAUUUAUCAUCAGAUAAUGAAUACUGGGGAGGAACCUUUUCAAUUCAAUGGGGAAGGCUUUAGUCAGAGAAGCUACUUUAGUGAACAUAAAAGAAUUCAUGCUGGAGAGAAGCUCUUUCACUGUAAUGAAUGUGGGAAGUCCUUCAAUCACAAGGGUAACUUUACCAAACAUCAGAGAAUUCAUACAGGAGAGAAACCCUUUCAGUGUAAUGAAUGUGGGAAAGCCUUCAGCCGCAGGGGAAACCUUACCGUACAUCAGAAAAUUCAUUCUGGAGAGAAGCCCUUCCAGUGUAACGAAUGUGGGAAAGCCUUCAUCCGCAGGGGCAGCCUUAUCGAACAUCAGAGAAUUCACGCUGGAGAUAAACCUUUCCAUUGUCGUCAGUGUGGAAAGACCUUCAGUCAGAGGGGAAGCCUUACUGAACAUCAGAGGAGUCAUACGGGAGAAAAACCUUUUAAAUGCACCGAAUGUGAGAAAAGUUUCUGCCAGAGGACAUCCCUUUUUUAUCAUCAGAGGGUUCAUACUGGGGAAAAACCCUUUUCGUGUAAAGAAUGCGGGAAAGUCUUCAGCCGCAGUGGAAGCCUCUCUAAACAUCAGAGGAUUCAUACUGGUGAGAAACCCUUUGAAUGUAAUGAAUGUGGGAAAUCCUUUAGCCAGAGGGGAAACCUUGCUAAACAUCAGAGAAUUCACGGUGGAGGGAAACCUUUUGAAUGCAAUGAAUGUGGAAAAAAUUUCACCAACACCUCAUGUCUUGCUAUACAUCAGAGAACUCAUACUGAAGAAAAACCCUUUAAAUGCAACGACUGCGGAAAAGCCUUUAGUUGGAGGGUACGCCUUAUUGUGCAUCAGAGAAUUCAUACUGGAGAAAAACCCUUUGGCUGUAACGAAUGUGGAAAAGUCUUCAGUCAGAGGGGCCACCUCAAUGCACAUAAAAGGAUUCAUACCGGAGAGAAACCCUUUGUGUGUAAUGAAUGUGGAAGAGCUUUCAGCCAAAGGAUCUGCCUUACAGAACAUCGACGAAUUCAUGCUGGAGAGAAGCCCCUUGAAUGUACUGAAUGUGGGAAAAACUUCAGCCACAGAACAUCCCUAUUUUAUCAUCAGAGGAUUCACACUGGAGAAAAACCCUUUGAGUGCAAUGAGUGCGGAAGAACUUUCAGCCAGAGUGGCAAUCUUACUGAACACCAGAGAAUUCACGCAGGAGAGAAACUCUUUGAGUGUAAUGAGUGUGGAAAAGCCUUCAGCAACAAUUCACGCCUUGCUUUACAUCAGAGAAGCCAUAAUGGAGAGAAAUUUUUUCAGUGUAACCAGUGUGGAAAAGUCUUUGGCCAGAGGGCCCAUCUUAAUGCACAUAGAAGAAUUCAUACUGGAGAGAAACCCUUUGAGUGCAGUGAAUGUGGAAAAGCCUUUAGCUGGAGGGUGAGCCUUACUGUGCAUCAGAAAAUCCAUACUGGAGAGAAACCUUUUGAGUGUAGUGAAUGUGGGAAGGUCUUUAGCCAGAGAGGGCACCUUAACACACAUAAGAGAAUUCAUACUGGAGAGAAACCCUUCGAAUGUAAUGAAUGCGGGAAAGCCUUCAGCCAGAGGGGCCACCUUACUGAACACCAGAGGAUUCAUGCUGGAGAAAAACCACUCGAAUGUAAUCAGUGUGGCAAAAACUUCAGCCACAGGACAUCCCUUUUUUAUCAUCAGCGAAUUCAUACAGGAGAGAAACUUUUCGGAUGUAAUGAAUGCGGCAAGGUCUUCAGCCAGAGUGGAAGCCUUACAAAACAUCAACGAAUUCACACCGGAGAGAAACCCUUUAAAUGUGAGGAAUGCGGGAAAUCCUUCAGCCAGAGAGGAAACCUGACAAAACAUCAAAGAAUCCAUGCUGGAGAAAAACCCUUUGAAUGCACCGAGUGUGGGAGGGCCUUCAGCCAGAAAGUACACCUCACAGAACAUCAGAGAACCCAUGCUGGUGAGAAGCCCUUUGAAUGUAAUGAAUGUGGGAAAAACUUCAGCCACCGGUCAUCUCUGUUUCACCAUCAGAGACUUCAUACUGGCGAAAAACCCUUCGGAUGUAACGAAUGUGGAAAACUCUUCAGCCGUUAUGGAAGUCUUAGGAAACAUCAGAAAAUCCACAUUGGAGAAAAGCCCUUUGGGUGUGAUGAAUUCGGGAAACCAUUCAGCCAGAUCAGACCCUUAAAUGAGCAAGAGAUAAUCCAUGCUGGUGAGAAACUCAUAGAUGAAAUGAACGCAGAAACGCCCGCAGCCCUGGCCGAUUCCUUGGGAAGCAUCAGAUAAUCGAUGUGCAUCAGUGUGAGUACUGCUUGUGCUAGCGCAGACAGCUCCUGCAUGAUUUAGAAGUUCUUUUACGGUUGCUUUAGCUGAAAAAGUUUAUCCCGUAGCCAGUCUGAGUGAGCCUGUUCGACCUUUCCUGUAGCCUCUCGACCUUAGUGUAGGACUUGACAGCUUUCAUUCCUUUGAGUACCCAUAGAGUCGCCUCUAUGCCACAAUGAAAAGAAGGACUCGAUCGGAGUAAUAGUAAUUGUCUAUCCUUUGACCAUUUAUCUCUUGGAGGAUCACUCGAUCUUAUGCAUUUGCCAACCCCUUGUAGAUUUUAGAUGUCAGAUCAAAGAUAAUGCAUAUAAAUGUAAAAGGGCACGUUACAAGAGUAACUGGAUGAGUGUACUAAUCACAAAUAGUGUUGGGGAGAAUUCGCAACCAGAUGAGGGAGGGAGAAGAUUACAAAUUAAAAAUUGUCAUUUUCAGUUGUUUAAGAUCAAAAUACUUUUACAAUAACAGAGUCACUGGAAAACGGAGUAAAGUAACAAGCUUUCAGUUUAGCAAAGAGUAUUUGCAGACAUUCAGAAUAUGAGGGAUUAACAACGAUAGGGCAACAGUUAUCAAAAACCCAUUCCAUAGUGGAUAGAUGGCCAAAGGAUUCUGACUCAUUAACAGUGAGAGUGAGGUAUCAGUGGAAGUGAGAGAUCACAUCUGUUAAGUUGGUGAAGAUGGUAAAAAAUGGAAAUGGUCUGUGCUGGGGGACUCUGGAAAGACAGCACCUUAAUACACUGUUGAUUUACAAGUGGAAUCGAGUUCUCUAGAAAACAACUUGGAAUCAUGUGAGCAGAGUUACAGAGCUGUUCCUCUCCAUUGGCCCCACUAUUUCACUACAAGUUUUAUACCCCCAAGGAUGUCAUUGAAAGAAAGGUCCAGUAUGCAGCAAAAUUCAUCACAGCAGUAUUUUAUAUCUGCAUUUCACCUUUUGUUACCUCACUUUUCCCACACAUCCCCAAAAUGAACCCUUUCUCUUGACAAAAACAGUUAUAUAGAAAUAGUGAUGCUGAGACCUUAUGUGACUAACUGUACGAUAUCCUCUCCUAAAGUUGUAUAUUAUUUAGGCUUUGGGACUUCAGCCUUUUAAAAUAUUUGACUAAUUUUUAUAUCAUAGCUUUUUGCCACCCACCCCUUCCAGGUUCAGCCAUCCCUUAUGACAAAACAAAUAAUUUUUAAAAAAUAUGAUAAAGAACUUUGUGUGACAAUGUAAACAAAAUCUUACAUUAGUAUUCCCCCAUCUCUCUGCCAUGAGGGGAAGGGAUUUUGUUUCAUCAUGUCCCAUAACCUUCCUUGGUUUUCUAUUACUCAUUUUGACUUGGUUUUAGUGAUCUCCCCAUUUAUGUUGUCAUCAUAUAUUGUUCUCUUGAUUCUGCUUACUUCCCCCUGCCUCAUAUAUAUAUAUCGCUUUUCAUGGCCCAGAAAUAACCCUUUACAAUCCCUUUCCACAAUCUUGUUCCUCCAACAAGAGGCCACCUGCUUCAUUUCAAACAUCUUGCUACCAUGAAGAGUGCUGCUCUUAGAUAUUUUUUUUACAGAUUGGACUUUGGUUUCUCUCUUUGACUUCCUUGGGCUACAUACCCAGUAGUGAGCUAUCUGGGUUAAAAGUAUAGACAUUCUAGUCAAUUUACUUGGGUGAUUUCAAACCAAAAGCCACCAUGUUCAGACUGCUUUACAGUUCACCAAAAAAGCAUCAAGGUGCCUGUUUUCCAUGGUUACUUCACCGUGGUUCCCAUCUUUUAUUAUCUAAACCAAUUUGCAUAGGAUAAAGUAAAACUGAGAAGUUAUUUUAAUUUGAAUUUCUUGGACUGUUAGUGACUUAGAAUAUAUUUUCAUAUCACUUGAAGUUUGCAUUUGACUCAUCUAGUACCAAAAAACCUGGAAAUUCCCAAAAGUUGGGAGAAUGACGGAGCAAAUUGUGGCAUACAAACGUAUCCAAAUAGUAUUCGAGAUGCAGAGAACCAUCUGGCUGGUGUGAAAAAGCAGAAGGCCAACAUAUGGAGUGACAGAGGCAACUUUAGAGUCCAGCACAAGCACAGUGACCAAUCUCGUCCCCAAGACUCGGAGUAAAACAUGAUUCCCUCUUCCCUGUUCAGAAAUGCUCAACAGUGAAUGAAGAGCCAGAUGUGCUAUUCUUCGAAAUCACCACAUUCAGUAUUUCUGCUAAACAAAGGGACUAUUCAUGGGGUCGGGGUGGGUGGGAGGGGGGCAUUUACGGGGAGGGAAUAGGUUAUAGGGAAAUGAUUAUGUCCCAGAAAAUCCAUAGAAAAUUACGUGAGAAUUCUUUAUAAUAGAAUGACUUUAUGCCAUCUUGCUAUAUCCCACGUGCAAGACUUCUUCCUGGAUGUUAGUGGCAGGGAUGGGAUCCUGUGGGAAGAGUUUCGUAGAGAAGCCAUUUGUUGACUCUUGGAGACUGGAGAUGGCAGAGUCUCCCAGCAUGCCCAGGGCCGCUGGAUGUUUGGAGACCGCCUCGCAUCUUGUCGUUCCGUUAGCUGCCUCCGGUGGCAGGAGCCCGAGUCAGUGCAGGGGUCCACACUCCUGCGCCGAGUCCAAUAGUGCCUCAACUGUGCGAUUCCUUCAGACCACUGACAUGUAGAUAUGUAUGUAUUGGGGGGAUGUAUAGCUUACCUACAUGCAUGUAUAGAUAUGUUCGUUGGGAAGAGACCCCCACGGUCUGCCUCUCCGCUCUUCCCCCGGUAACAGAGAAGAUGAGAAGAAUCCCAGCCUUGGUGAAGGCUCUUCUGUGAGGGGAGAGCCCAGUGGGAGGCCGGCAAUGGGGCGCUGAGCCCAGCCCUGCCGCUCUGCACCUGAGAGACUGCAGGCAGGUGGGUGGGAUUCAGCGCCUCGGACCGAGCCCUCACGGUAGCACUUUCCACUUGGGAUCGCUCUAAGAGUAAGUUUUUGCUUCUAUCGAAACUACAUUUACCUCUUUGCAGCAUCCCCUCCUUGCUCCCGUUUCUGCCCUUGAGAAGACUGGCCAUCCCCCUUCCAUGGGAUGGCCUCUCAGAUACUUGAAGACAGUUACCAUGAUCCCCAGGUCUUCUCUAGGCUCCAAAUGCAUGACCAGAGGCACUCGGACAGUGUUCCAAUUUAUCCCGGUUCUUCCUCAGUUAUGGCCUCCAAACUGAACACUGUGGUCUGACCACGGGAGCCCACAAGGAGCCCUCUUUACUCUUGGAAGCCAUACCUCUCUUAGAGCAGGCAGCCUGAAAUCACCCUCGAUUUCCUGGCUGUUGAAUCCCAUUUGACUCAUAUUGAGCUUUUAGUCCACUAGAACUGCCAGGUCUUUUUCAGACAAAAUCCCGUCUGUCUAAUCACGCCUUCCCCCACUGUGUAUUUGUGAAGUUGUUUUCUUGAACCCGAGAGUAAGAUUUUACAUUUGUUCCUAUUCUGAUGCCAUAUCAUUAGGAUCAGCCUUAUUUUCUUUAUGUAACUCUAAGCUUAGUAAUCAUCCCCCCCCCCAAUUCCAGAUGCACAAAAACAACCCAUUUAGUAAAACUACUGAAAUGUUCAGUGUACGUGUAUAUGUAUUGUGUAUGUGCGUGUGUAUAUACAUAUAUAUAAGCUAAUCAUGGCUAACAUUUCUAUAGUGUCAUAUGCAUAACUAGUUACAAGGGACUUCACCUCUUUUUUUUUCUUUUCUUUUCCAUUUUUCUAAACUUAGUAAUCCACAAAAAAAGCAUUCAAAUACACAAGCAAAAAUAUAUUAUAUAUGAAGCUGUAAUACUGAGUUUGUCGAAUUAAAAAAUAAAUAAAUAAAAUAUCACGAGAUGAAGACCAA